UGAAUAACGUAUCGCCGAAAAUUUUGUGGCAUGAUAUUUGUUUUGUGAUUUAAUUAAAUGGAAUUGAAAAGUAAAACAGAAUUUAGGACAACUGAUGAGAAUUUUUGGAUGAGUAUUGAUAAAUUGCGACGUAGCCUUAUUUUAUUUUCUAACCAGAGAACACUGAAGUCGAGCGCAAAAGGAAAUGAAGAUAAGUGCUCUAACUCAGGACAAGAAUGGAAUACUGAAAAUAGUAGUACCUCGUACAACAGAAAACAAUUACUAGAAAAAAUCGAUGGUAUAUUCCGAAAUUACCUACAAAAAGCACAAAAUGACGAAAUCACAACACUGAAAUUGCCUAAACGAGACAUCUGGGAAAACAUAAAUUAUGAACCUGACUGUGGAAUUAAAAUGAAAGAAAAUCCAGUGAUGAAAACAGUUGGAGGUUCAAGACCUAGAUCAUCGUCAAGAUUCGUUAGGAUUAUGCACGUCCUUACAAAAAUAUAUAAUUUGAUAAAAACAAAUACUUAUCGUACAAAAAGAGAACUUUAUUAUGAAGAUGUAACUUUAUUUAAGAGCCAAGCAACGCUUGACAGAAUUUUAGAUGAUAUUGCUUGUUUUUUGAACGUACCAAAGAUUCAGCUGCAUGUGCUGACAACCGCUAAAGGCUGCAUAGCUGGUAACCUGAGAUUUAAAGACUCUUAUGGUAAUUACAUAGAAUGUGAUGCUUCAUCAGAAGGUACCUUGAUUCCUAAUGAUGUAUGUGGCAUCAGCUAUAUACAAUCGGACGCCCGCUUCAUUUUACUAGUUGAAAAAAGUUCUGUCUUCCAAAUGUUACUGGAUAGUAAAGUAACAGAGAUUUUAAGUCCCUGUAUUUUGAUAACGGGAAAAGGGUUUCCAGAUGUUAAUACAAGAGAAAUGCUGAGGAAACUCUGGGAAACACUGAGAAUUCCUAUACUUGGUUUAGUAGAUGCUGAUCCUUACGGCAUUGAAAUAUUAAACACUUACAGAUAUGGUUCUAAGGCUAUGUCUUUCGAUGUUGAAAACCUGGCUGUUACUGAAAUUCGUUGGCUCGGUCUCUUGCCAUCAGAUAUCGAAAGGCUCAACUUACCCACAACCUCAAUUCAAACCUUAUCUAGAUAUGAUAUUUUAAAGGCUAAAAGCUUACUUAAUAGGAAUUAUAUGCAAGCUAAUAUUUCUUGGAAAGAUCAAAUAGAAAUUAUGCUUCAUUCACAACAAAAAGCAGAAAUUGAAGGGCUGAGCAAAAUAAAUCCUCUCUUCCUGCCAAAAACCUAUCUUCCAGGCAAGAUAAAAUGUGGAGGAUGGAUCUAAAUGGAGAAAAUUCAAUGUGUUUAUUUUUGCAUUAUUCAAAUUUUCAUUCAAAGAUAAACUGCACUACAACAUUAAAUUUUGAAUGCGGAUAUUAGAAUAACAAUUCUCACUUGGGCUACGUACUAAAAAAAAAAUUAUCAGCUUAGUGUUACCGAAUUUUUAUGAGCUCGAUAAUUCAUACAUUUCAGCAUGUUUCAUCAGUAUCAAAAAUCAUUCUUCAUAAACAAAUUUAUGAUAUCCUGCAGAGCAUUUCUGUUUCAAUACUAAAGCUUUUUACAUGAACGUAAAGCUUACCUUGAAGCUAAAAUUUAAUGUUAAUGUAAAGCUUCAAUAAUGUUAAUGGUUCAUGUAAGCCCUUUUUAU